AUGACUAAUAUUACGGGUGAUAUACAGAGAAAAACUUUAGUUGAAACCUCAUCGAGUUAUCCAAGAACAAAAGUUGAGAUCUCAAGGGACACCGACUCAGAAUUUAGUUAUGACAAAGUAAAGAUAUUUGAAGUGUCCAUGCUGAGAUUAUGCAGAUUUGGUUCACAAGAGAAAGAUAAAUCAUCGAGGAUCUCCACAUUGGCUCCAAUUGCAUCUAUGAGGGAUGAAUCUCAGCUACAAAUCCUAAGUACAUCUAGGAACGUUUUGCCACGAUCAUGGACUGCUUCCUCUUUGGCAGAUAGUAAAUUUCAGGUUACUGAAGAACUUGAACACAAACUGCGGCUCAUUGAAAGCUCAAUAAGCAGGGUUGGAAUGAUUGUGGACUCUGUCCAAAGUGAUGUUAUGCAAGUAAACAGAGCUGUAAAAGAGUUGUCACUAGACAUGGGAGGCAUAAGGCAAAAGAUUGACCUUCUAGAAAACUCCAUGCAACAACUGCCGAAGUGGGAAGACGGUAUCAAAGCUUUAAUUGGUGGAAGUCUCAAAUCCAUUUCAGAUCAGCUUGCUAACAACUCCAAUCCCAGCAAAAUAAAUGAGAUUGCUACAGCAGUUACAGCUUUGCACGAACAGAUUGGUGCACGUUUGGAAAAACUUGAGCAUGAAGUUUCUCUGUCCUUUUCAAUAAAGAAGGUUAGAGAGAAUGGUACUAAUUCUUCAGACAUCCAGGAUUCAAUUAUAGUCCGCUCACCUGGGAGUAGAGAUCAUUUGGAUAGAAAGCAGUCUUUGAAGAGCAAUUUAACAAUCAAACAAAUUACUGUCACACCAUCAAUGAGUACAAAGCCGAAGUCUCCACUUGUGAAGAGUGAAGAAGGCAAACCAAACUUGGUUAAGUUCAAGAUAGCUGAACCAAAGCAUCUUCUUUCACAUAGACAUGAAAUCCAUCAUAGACAAAAGAAUGAAAAUCCAAGAAUAAUCAUUGACUCAGAUGACGAGAGUGAUGUGGGUCUUUCUUGCCUUAUGCCAGAGAAAAAAACAGUUAAGGAAUGUGAUUUUGGGAAGGAUGUUCAUAUAGAGACUCUAAGAAUUCUAAGGAAAGCAAGGAAGAGAAGAAGAACACAGAAUUUAAUAACUGUAGAUUGAGGUAAGGAAGCAUGCCCAUGCUUUUGGAAUCAAGGUGCUCUAACCAUAGAGAUCUCAAAGAAAGUAUUGUAAAUUUGUGUUGCAAUAGAACGUUAAAUGAGGAAUCAAUUAGAAUACUUUCUUACGUAGCACUGAUCUUGCAAAUACUCUUCCUAUUAGCUAAAGUCAUCUCUCAAUAUUGUGGUCCAAGUUUGGUGAAAAUUUUUUGGCACUUCUUC